CGCUGGCGCCUGACGGACGCGACGAUGACGGCGACUGCGAGCCCGGGAGCGCGCGCCAGCUACGGCGUGGACGCGGACGCCGUGCUGCGGCAGCUGGGGCAGGCGGGCCGCUUCCACCUGCGGGUGUACGCGCUGGUGGCGCUGGCGGCCGUGCAGGUGGGGCUGCUGCACACCACCUACAUCUUCUUGGCCGCGGACGUGCCUUACAGGUGCCUGAUCCCCGAAUGCGAGGCGGCCAACGCGACGGAGUACAGCCCGGCGUGGCUGGCGCUCCCGAGCGGCGCUCGCGAGCAGCGUUGCUCGCGGCGAGCGCUGCCCGAGCCCGACUCCUGCGCAAAGGACGCCUUCAGCGACGAGCUGCAGCCUUGUCACCACUGGGUGUAUGGCUCGAAAGACACUAUAGUGGCCGAGUUUAAUCUCGCCUGCCAGGACUGGAAGCGCACUCUGGUGGGCACCAUCCACAACAUCGGCAUGCUGGUCUCGCUGCCUAUCUUUGGGUACAUAUCCGACAGAUGGGGCCGCAAGAAGGCGCUGAUCCUGAGCUGCACGCUGGUGGGCGCCAUCGGCUCGCUGAAGGCCUUCUCCAUCUCCUACGAGAUGUACGUCAUCGUCGAGUUCCUGGAAACCGUGGCCGGUGCCAGUGCCUUCCCGGCUGCUUACAUUUUAACCAUCGAAUUACUUGGACAAGACAAGCGAGUGCUGACGACGGCGUUCCUCGGAAUUAUGUUGGUGUUGGGAGGCCUCAGCUUCGCAAUGCUCGCCAAGACUUUCACCUACUGGCGAACAUUCAUCCUGGUCGUCUAUCCACCAUCUUUAUUAUUCCUUCUGUACAUUUACCUCCUCCCAGAAAGUAUUCGAUGGCUAUUAUCAAAAGGAAGAAAAGAUGAGGCAGUUGAAAUUAUUAUGAAAGCAGCUAAGACCAACAAUGUGACGUUAUCAGAUGAAACUAUGAAGCAGCUCACAGAAGAAAAGACUAAGCCCAUAGAGGAGAAGCUUGAAGCGAAGAAUGAGCAAGGGCUGUGGAUGCAAGUGCUGCGUUCGCCGAUCAUAAUGACUCGCUUAGCUAUCUGCUCGUGGUGGUGGAUCACUUGCACGUUCGUGUUCUACGGGCUGGCCAUCAACUCGGUGUCGCUGGCCGGGGACAAGUACACCAACUACAUGCUGGUGGUGAGCGUGGAGGUGAUCGCGGUGGUCACCAACGCGCUGGUGCUGGACCGCAUCGGCAGAAAGCGGACACUGUUGGCCGCAUACGUAGUGUGCGGGUUUGCUUGUGUUGCCAUAACAUUUGUUCCUAAAGACCUUUCCUGGCUGGCGACGCUGCUGUACCUGCUGGGCAAGAUCGCCAUCACGCAGGCGUUCAGCGGCAUCUACAUGUACACGUCGGAGCUGUUCCCGACGCACGCGCGCCACUCGCUGCUCGGCUUCUGCUCCAUGGUGGGCCGCGUCGGCUCCAUCCUCGCGCCGCAGAUGCCGCUCUUGGCCAUCUACGUGGAGUGGCUGCCGUCGGUGCUGUUCGGCGCCACGGCGCUGGUGGCCGGCGCGCUCAUGCUCACCACGCCCGAGACGCUCAACACGCGCCUGCCGGACACCAUCCAGGAGGCCGAGCAGCUGGCGCAGAAGGCGCCACCCAACGAGGAUAUUCAGAUGAAUUCUAGAAGCUAACUGCAGGACACUCAUAAACAAGCCUCAAUACACUUAUUGCUAUGGUUUUUGAGUUAUUCCUGUAAAUCCACUUAUGUCACAGUUCGUUGUUACCGCGAUGUCAGGUUUCUAAUUACCAAUCUAAGAUAUAAGUACCCUUAGGUAAAAGCAAAUGACCAUGAUUUUUUUAUUAAGACAUUAUUGUUAUUAUUAUACGUAAAUUCUAUUUAUUAUUGUGGCAUUAUCGGCCUCUAUUUGUUUAUUACUAAUUGUUUGUCUAUUCUGUACCUAUCUCUUUAAAAUAUUUGAAUUGUGAUUGAAUAGGUAUAAUGUAAAAUAAUUAUAACAUGCUAAAAUACAUGCCGGAGUUCCUUUUCUAUAUACAAAACUACUUAAAACAUUGCAUUUAAAGUUUCAACAGACAGCAGCCUUGAAUUAUGCCCAUUUGUAUGAUUUUAAAGUAUUUGAUAGUGCCAUUGGUGACUAGAGCAUUCAUUCCAUAAAAGGAUUCUGAAUGUUGAUUCGAGUGAGGAACUCACUGCUUAUGUAUUAUAUUGAUGCAGCAGUAUUGAAAUAAUUUUAUAGAGUAGCCUUUCAGGCAAUAUUCAAGAUCAUUUGUUUGUAAUAUUCAGAUUGAAAGAAACAUGAAGCUAGAUUGACACUGUUCCUACAAGAGACACUCGCUAUACAUGUAGACUAGAAGAAUUCAUUAUGAUAUACAUACACUCAUGUGUAUUACAUUCCGUGUUUACAGGUACUAUUAUACUAUAAUAUUAAAUAUUAAAUGUUGUUGACAUAGUUUAUUAUUGUUAUACAUUACUUUACAAUUAGGUUGGUACAAAUGUUCCAUAGUAUAGCAGUAUUGCAGCGUAUUUAAUGUAAAUGCUUUAUUUUAUUGUUGUGUAUCAAUUUAAUGUUGUGAUUCUGUAAAUAAACUUACAUAUUUAAUCGUA